AUGACACCCGGGAAGAAGUUACAGGGUCUUGUAGCUGCUGCAGUCACUCCCAUGACUCCCGAUGGACAAAUUAACCUUUCGGUGAUUCGCCAAUAUGUGGAUUAUCUGGUAAACCAGCAGAAGGUGAAGAAUGUUUUUGUGAAUGGCACAACAGGAGAAGGACUGUCCCUUAGCAUCCAGGAGAGGAAGCAGUUGGCAGAAGAAUGGAUGUGCCAAGGAAAAGACAAAUUGGAUCAUGUGAUCAUUCAUGUGGGAGCACUAAGUCUGCCAGAGUCCCAAGAGCUGGCAAGACACGCAGCAGCCAUAGGUGCUAGUGGUAUUGCUGUAAUAGCCCCCUGCUUCUUCAAACCCACUAACAAAGAUGAGCUGAUUCCUUUCUUACAGAAGGUCGCAUCUGAAGCCCCUGCAGUUCCAUUUUAUUACUAUCACAUUCCUCCUCUGACGGGCGUGAAGAUUCGUGUUGAAGAGUUGCUGGAUGGAAUAAAAGAGCGGAUCCCCACCUUCCAGGGCGUGAAGUUCAGCGACACGGACCUCUUGGACCUUGCACAGUGUAUAAACAAGAAUGAGAGAGAACAGUUUGAAUUUCUUUAUGGGGUGGACGAGCAACUGUUGAGUGCACUGGCGAUAGGGGCAGAUGGAGCAGUUGGAAGUACAUACAACUAUUUGGGCCAAAAAACCAACCUGAUGUUGCAAGCCUUUGCAAAGCCAGACCUUGCGUUAGCACGGAAGUAUCAGUUUCUCACUGGGGAAUUUCUCAGCUUUGUUACCAAACUAGGUUUUGGUGUCGCGCAGACUAAAGCCGUAAUGACUUUUGUUUCUGGCAUUCCCAUGGGACCUCCACGGCUUCCGCUUGUUAACGCCUCCGAGGAGUUCAUCGCCAAGGCCAAAACCAAGCUGAACAGCAUUGUGUGGCCUGAUGGCAACUGACGUCCGCUUCCAUGUUGACCUGGAAGUGGAGGCUCCUUUUCUGGGACUCGCUGUCACGUGGCACAUUCCUCACGUGAUUUCUUCCAGGGAAUUGGCAAUGUACCCGAGCCGGUUCCA